AUUUUGAAAAGCAUGGCGCGGAAGUGUUUCUGGCUUCAAUCUAGCAACACAAAAUGUUCGCAGUUUUCGGAGGUUUUCAAAGCCGGACCGGGGCUCUCCGUCCGGCGGUCUUUAAAAAGCUGCUGCAGAGGGAUCAACCAGCGCGGGGUCCGAGCAGAGGCCGCUGGGUGUCGGUCUCAAACUCAGGAGGAGAAACAGUCCGGCCACUGGAGGGCAUCAAAGUGCUGGACCUGACCAGGGUUCUGGCUGGUCCAUUUGCUACCAUGAUCCUGGGAGACCUGGGGGCGGAGGUCAUUAAGGUGGAGAGACCAGGUGUGGGCGAUGAUACCAGAGCAUGGGGUCCUCCUUUUGUGGGCUCAGAGAGCGUCUACUUCCUGAGUAUCAACAGAAACAAGAAGAGUCUUGCUGUGGACCUGAAGAACCCUCGAGGAGCACAGGUGGUGCGGGAGCUUGCAGGAAUGUGUGAUGUCCUGGUGGAAAACUACCUUCCAGGGAAGCUCCAGGAGAUGGGUUUGGGAUUCGAUCAGCUGGGCGAGGUCAACCCUCAGCUCAUCUACUGCUCCAUAUCAGGUUACGGACAGACCGGUCCCCAGGCUCAGAGUCCGGGCUACGACUCCAUCGCCUCAGCGGUGUCCGGGAUGAUGCACAUCACGGGGCCAGAGGACGGGGAGCCGGUGCGUCCAGGUGUCGCCAUGACAGACCUGGCAACGGGGCUGUACGCUCACGGAGCCAUCAUGGCCGCCCUUCUGCAGCUACAAAAGACGGGUAGAGGAGGUCACAUCGACUGCAACCUGCUGUCCUCACAGGUGUCCUGCCUCAGCCACAUUGCUUCAAACUAUCUGAAUGCAGGAAAGGAGGCGAAGCGCUGGGGGACGGCCCAUGAGAGCAUCGUCCCAUACCAGGGCUUCAGGACCAAAGACGGACACAUUGUUGUAGCUGCAGGAAACGACAAGCAGUUUGUCCAAGUCUGUCAGGUUCUGGAGCUGAUAGAGCUUACCCAGGAUCCAAACUACAAAAGCAACAAGCUGAGAGUCAAGAACCGCAAAAAACUUUUACAGACACUGUCACAGAGAUUCCAGCAGGAGAAGACAGCUGAUUGGCUGAGGCGGUUUGAGGGUUCUAGUGUUCCUGUUGGACCAAUCAACAGCAUUCGAGAGGUCUUUUCAGAGCCACAGAUUCAAGCCUCUGCGCUACAGGCUGCUGUGCUGCGUGGUCGACUGGCUGCUCAUUCUGCUCGACUGCAUGACUACACUUCUGGUGCAUCGCACUGUUUUAGCAUUUCUGCUCAUAUCUAAAUCCUUAGUCUUCUUCCUUAUCUUGCUGUACUGCGGCAUGCGUGUUCUCUAUGUGCUGAAGCAGCCGGCACCUGGCGAUGGGGUGCACGGCGCCGAGAGCUGGAACAGCAUGAAGAAGAAGGCCUUCAAGGUGAUCAUGAUCACCCUGGUGUUCAACAGCAGCACACAGUUGUUGCAGCUCAGCCUGCUGGGCCCAGUGGUCCUGUAUGCCUCCUUAACUCUCAUCCUGCAAAUCACAUUGGUCAGCAUGAGCAUCAGCAUUAUCAGCAGCUUCAUCACACCUGUGCUGUACCUGCACAGAGCUGGAAAAUUGCCCUGCAUCAAGUUCUAAAGCUACGGGCACACCUGACACAUGACGCACAUUCAAGAACCUGCUAAACGCAGGUUCUUGAACGCACGUUUAGUCCAUGGUGUUCAAACUAAACAAGCAGGGAGGAUCUUCUUUUUCUUUUGCUAUUGUUUCCAAGCGCAUCUUUACUGGUUUGCCGGACAACUCGUUGUCCUCAGAGUCCCCCCACAGAGAAGAGAAAACAGAUUUCGUCAGCAUCCAAGUGUGAUUUUGUUCAGAAACCGCAGUUUGAAUUGUGCGAGUUAAAGCUGCUUCAAACUUCCAGAUAGGUUUAGGUCUUACGGUUCCAGAAUGUUAUUCAUGUCAUGAGCCGCAAACAUGAAGAAACCUCAUCAGGGACGGCUGGAUUUCUGCUUCCAAUACCUCUGAGAGCGCUGGCGGGCAGAGAGGAGCGAAAACGCUGCCGUAUUAACAGCAAGCUUUGAUUCUGGAGGUCAAACAGAGAGCAGCAGGUUCAGAUCUUUAUCCCUCUCGCCACUACUCCUCCUCCUCACCUUGAUGUUGCUGUAACAUGAUGUAACAGGGGGCCGGAUGGCUCCCCCGGGUGCUGCUCAGUUGACUUAAUUCUCUGCCACAGUCACUUCAAAGACUCCAGGAGGGAGGUAGAGGAGGCGUUAAAUAGUGGAGCAAAGAUUUGAUAACCUAACUCACUGACAGAGUUUUAACUCACUCAUCAUUGAAGAAUAGAUUUAAGCCUCUGAAGAUGAAGAAAUCAUUUUCAGAAACCGCACGCCAGCAGUUAGACUUGUCCCUCGACCUGCAGCUCAGUGCUCCAGCCGAUGGACUUAGACUCCGUCUGUUGAUUUUUCUGCUUCAUUGAUGGGAGCAAACAUUUACACAGAGUUGAGAAACUGUGCUGAGGCUGCUCCACUUUAGUCCAGAGUCCUCCAUCCUCCAUAGAUUGACAGGUAUCACUAAAGUGGUCCUUUUUGCCAGAUGCCAGGACCAUCAUUACAUUUAUCCUUUUAGCUGUUCUUCCAGAAAAUCGCACAGCAGAAUCUCAUUUAGGGUCAGUUAUAAAAAAACAUACCGCUCACUUAAUUGAAAAUGUACUUUAAUACAACCACAGCUGGAACAAAGCACUGCAAAAUAAACCACAUGGAAAAAAGCUGCUGAUCAAAACAGAGGAAAGAAUAACUGCAGUCUCAUUCUGGUGUUAAAAAUUUGUUGUAAAAAUGGGUUUCAUGUUGUGUUUUACUUCAGGACAGAGUAGGCGUUUGUCAAACCGCUGUAGUUGAGUGUUCCACAGCUUUGAUCCAUGAACCUGUAGCAGAAGCUGAUCAGUUGAGCAUAUGCAGUUAGUAACAAAUAUCUGUUAAGAUUUACUUUUAUCCAGGAUAGUUCUAUAGCAGAAAACUAGACUAAGUUUUUUUUUUUAAGUUAAACACCUCUUACCCAAGAGUUUAUCGAUCUUCUAUACCCUGUAAUGCAUUGAUUUGAAGACUCACUUUGAUGAAAAUGGUGUUUUUGGUGUUUUUAACAUGUUCUUGUAGCAUUUCUCUGAUAAUGGAGGACAUAU